AUGGGCAACAACUGCUGCGGCGACGCGUCGUUUGAGCAGCGCCAGCGCCAGGCGCUACUGCAGGAGGGCCACGUCUUUCGGCGCAAGGCCGCGUCCUUCCUCGGGCUCUUGCCGACGGCCGAGAAGGUGCACGUCGCACUCAGCUCGGACGCCUCCUGCCUCGAGCUCAGGAGCUACGAGACGUCGUCGUCGUCGGCCACGCUGCGCUUGGGCAAGAAGAAAGAACCCAGCUCCGUACCGCUCUCGUCCAUUGCCAACGUGCAUGCCAGCGGCGAGCACCUCAUCGUUCUCUUUGCGGCGGACGGCGCCAAGCUCGUUGAGCUCGAAGCGACGCAGAUCGAGCUGCGCGACCUCUGGGUGCAAACGCUUCGGGAGCUCAUCGAUGGCCGCGAGCCCGUUGCCGGCAAUCUCCACGACGAGCUCGAAAAGCAAAAGCAACGCGACAAGGAGGCGUACUGGGCAGCACGGACCGCGGAGCUCCAAGCCCGCAAGGCCGCAGCCGACGAGAAGAAACAACCAUUCGCCAACGUCGGUCUCAAGUACACGGCCCAAGCGAUGCUGCAGCGAUAA